AUGCAAUCGGAUAGCAGUGGCGAUCCACGGAUACACAUCUUUCUACAAUAUGGCAACAACAAGGAGAUGGUGAUUUUGGAGCGAAACGAUGAGCCUCAGGUUUUCGAAUCGCUACGUCGACGAGCUCGAGCUCUUGUCGAGCGCACGAGUCCUGGUGAAAGUGAGCUGCACUUGUUUCGGCACGACUACGAUUCGCCCAGUGUUCUACAACACAUCGCAUCUGUUUCACAACUGAACAAUGGCUGCAUCGUUGAGGUGAUCGUGGUGGAUCGCAAUGAGAAACCUACUCGCCCACAUGUUUUAGAGGUGAAAAACUAUAUGACCUUGACAUUCUGCGAUUUCUGCGGAGCAAUGCUGACUGGUCUGAUGCGUCAGGGACUACAUUGUCUGGCGUGCAAAUGUAAUUUCCAUCGUCGUUGUACCGAAGCACCACGAAACAACUGCGUCGUGGCUACCCCCGGUCUGUCAACGAUGAGUCCCGUUCCCAUGGGUCCAGGUGGAAUUGGGGUGGGCAUGCCACCGUCAGCGCCGUCAAGCGCUGCACUGGAACUCCCGCAUACCUUGGCCGAGAACAACUACUUAACACCGACCAAGUGCAAAAUUUGCGACAAAAUGCUUAAAGGACUCAUUCGACAAGGGCUCAAAUGCAGAGAUUGUGGGGUAAACGUCCACAAUAAGUGUGCAUAUCAAUUACCGUCUAAUUGUACGCUUUCGGACCAUGCAAUCAGCCGGAUGAGCAUCACUGAACCGCCACCAGCACCUCAGAAAGAGAAUCUCGUGAAUAUGGAUGAUGAACCCAGUGGCAGUGAAAACAUACCGCUGUUCCGAUUACCUGGACAAGUGACGUCGAGAAACACUACGCAGCCGAAAGUUGAAGGAUGGAUGAUUCACUUCUUGCUUUCGGAUCCUGAGCGAAGACUGAAGCACUAUUGGAUUCUUGCUAAUGAUGCUAUCAACAUGUACAACGAAUACAACGAAGGCAAGCGUAUCCGAUUUUCCCCGCUCGACAGAGGUGUGAAUCCCAACAAGUGCUAUAUGGUACUUCCUCUAGCCGAGAUUCUCGCCAUCACUCCUUAUAACGGACCUUCUGUUCAUUCCAAGUAUCCGCCGCAUUGCUUCGAAAUUCGUACCAUAUCAAACGUUGUCUAUUGUGCUGGAGAGAACCUACAUGCUUACUCUAAUGGUCCACCGAAGAAAAUUCCUCGAAGCCUCAGCAUACGACCUCCAUCCAACACUCAACUAUGGUUUCAGGCUCUUAAGGAUGCUCUGCAGCCCCCAGUGAGUCGAAGUGACGCUCCAAACGCCGAACGUGCAUUGGAAUUUGCUGAGCUGUAUCAGGUGCUCAGCGAAAAAGUGCUCGGCUCCGGUCAGUUUGGUACUGUGUACAGUGCAAUCCAGCGACAUACAGGAGUCGAGGUGGCUGUCAAGGUAAUUUCGAAGGAGCGUUUCUCGAAGAAGAGUAAUGGUGUUGAGUCAAUGCGGGCAGAGGUAGCGAUUUUGCAACGUGUCUGCCAUAGCGGAAUCGUUCGAUUGGAGUUCAUGUGUGAGACAAAAGACAAGAUCUUCGUGGUGAUGGAAAAGAUGAACGGUGACAUGCUUGAAAUGAUACUCAGUCAGGCCGCAGGCCGCCUCGAUGAACGUGCGACUCGAUUUCUUCUUGUGCAGAUUCUCUCUGCUCUUAAAUACCUCCACAAUCAGGGUAUCGCUCAUUGCGACCUCAAACCUGAAAACGUUCUUCUAUCCGAGACGAACACGAACUUUCCACAAACGAAGAUAUGCGAUUUUGGUUAUGCCAGGUUCAUUCCCGAGUCGCAGUUUCGAAAAACUAUCGUAGGCACGCCAGCCUAUCUACCGCCUGAAGUUCUGCUCAGGCAAGGUUACAAUAAGUCCCUGGAUAUGUGGUCGGUCGGCGUCAUCAUCUACGUUACAUUGUCUGGGACAUUCCCAUUCAAUGAAGGAGAAGAGAUAGCUGACCAGAUCCAGAAUGCCGCGUUCAUGUUUCCAGCCGAGCCCUGGGCAGAGGUCUCACCUGCCGCCAUAGACUUGAUUCAACGACUACUACGGGUAAAGAUCGAGGAGCGUCUCACCAUUGAGCAAUGCCUAGCACACGAGUGGCUGAAGGGAGAGCAAUUAUAUCGUGAUCUGCGAGGUCUCGAACUGCGACUGAAAUGUCCACGGUAUCUGACCAACCCAGCAGACGAUGCCAAGUAUGCCGAGUACCUUCAACAACAAGGACUUGUACCGGAAUUAUGA